AAGUUCUUAGUCGACUUAUUGAUAACAAACUGGAAAUACCAGUAUGACGUCUUCGCACAAAAACCAAAAAAUUAAAUAUAGUGCCGUUUAUAUUCAAGUUAAUCAAUUACAUGUUUUUUAAGUUAGUGAGAUACUAAAAUGUUUAUUCAUGUCUUUUUCUUCUUAUUUAUCUCCAAUCUCUUCUACGUUACUUUGGAAGAAAGUGGCACUGAAUUUCUAUCUCCGGUUUUGAAUACUAAUAAAAGAACCCCUAAUUGGUUUUCAUUUGCAGGAAAAACGUAUUAUGUAGAUACUGUAUUUAAGGCAAACUUUUACAAAUCUCUGCAAUUCUGUAGACAACAAGGAAUGCAUCUUCUCAGUAUAAAUAGUCAACAAGAAAACGAUAGAAUUGGGAAGUUCAUUCAAGAUAAUGGCUUAGGCUAUGGGCACUACUGGACAUCAGCAACGAAUCUCGUUGGCGAUAAUGAGUGGGUUUGGUUGUCUACGGGUCAAAAUAUGAGAUACGCCAAUUGGUAUCCUGGUGAACCCAGUGGAAAAAAUUCUCAGAACGGUUCUGAGAAUUGCGUUGAAGCUCGCCAUUGGGCCCAUCCCAGUGGGUUCACAUGGAAUGAUAUAGACUGUUUAACUGAAAGAUAUUUCAUUUGUGAAUCGAUAGAGGACUGUUCUUCUAACGGUCCACAGCCUCGUAAGAAAUAAUUGUCCUCAUAAAAUAAUUAAAUACACAUACAAUAAUGAAAUGCCAGUCUCAAUAAAAUAAGUGUGUGAUAAGGUAUGAGAAUUUAGAUAAUGAUAAAUUUAAAAGAACAUACAACAGGAAACUUUGGUAUUGAUUCUAUGAGAAAUUAAAUACCUUUCCUCGAACCGAGUUUAUUUGACUAUUUGUCAUUGCAUAACAGAUUGGAACAUUGGUUUAUGCUUGAUGGAGCACCAUCUUAUUUAAGUGUUAAUGUAAGCGACUUUUUAAACCGUCAAUAUUCAAAUAAAUGGAUUGGUCAAGAAAAGAAUUGUCCUCAAGAUUGGCCUCCCCGCUCACCGUACUUCAAAAAUGUAAUUACUUUCUUUGGGGGGCGUUAAAUAAAAGUUGAUGCUCUUUCUACAAUAUUAUCAAUUUGAGUUUCCAUUAAAUUAUUCUUAUUGUUUUGUUAAAUCUGAAAUAGAAUUCAUACUGUACGCUA